UGCGGGAGGACCCCGGGAGGCUCCCCGGGCGGGGCCGCGGCCCGUGCGGAGCCCCGAGCCCGGUGGUGGCACAGCUCGCGGGCACCUGCCGCCCGAGAGACGAGGGAGGGGGCAGGAAGCGAGGUUCAAAGUCACUCGGCCGGAUCAGAACGCGGUCCCGCUUCCAUCAACCCUGCUUGACCUUCCGAACACACGCCUCGAUCCUGUAAUAAAUCCUUUCGAAGGCUGUUACUGAGACACCCCGGAGGUCUCCAUGGUGUUUCUCUCUCCCCGCAACCUGCCCAGCUACAGGAGAGCACUCGCACCGUAAACAACAUACAGAGCCCAUCUCUGGAGUUAGGACUACAAAGAAAACCUGAUGCAACCUCUUCAGAUUGUCCCCUGUCGAUUACUCUCCUGGCUGUAUAGUGGACUGAAGUCUCCAGUCUCCACCAGAACCCGGAUUUGCCCGACAAUGGCUCGACCAAGUUCAAACAUUGCUUUUAAAGUGGGACCUUUUAAAGGAGUCACUUGGACCUGGGAUCUUUUCAUCAGUGGGAUGACAAGAGUUUACAUUUCAGGUAUGGCUGAUUUUCGGAAGUUUUUUGCAAAAGCAAAGCACAUAGUCAUCAUUUCGGGGGCUGGCGUUAGUGCUGAGAGUGGGGUUCCGACCUUCAGAGGAGCUGGGGGCUAUUGGAGAACAUGGCAAGCUCAGGACCUUGCCACCCCUCAGGCCUUUGCGCGAAACCCAUCCCUGGUGUGGGAAUUCUACCACUACCGGCGGGAGGUGAUGCUGAGCAAGGAACCGAACCCCGGGCACCUCGCCAUCGCUGAAUGUGAGGCCCGGCUGCGUGGGCAGGGCCGCCGGCUUGUGGUCAUCACUCAAAACAUCGAUGAGCUGCACCGCAAGGCUGGCACCAAGAACCUUCUGGAAAUCCACGGAAGCUUAUUUAAAACCCGAUGUACCUCUUGUGGAGUUGUGGCGGAGAAUUACAAGAGUCCCAUUUGUCCAGCUUUAUUGGGAAAAGGGGCUCCAGAACCUGAAGCUCAGGAUGCCAGAAUCCCAGUGGAGAAACUUCCCCGGUGUGAAGAGGCGGGGUGCGAGGGCCUGCUGCGACCCCACGUGGUGUGGUUUGGCGAAAACCUGGAUCCUGCCAUUCUGGAGGAGGUUGACAGAGAGCUGACCCUCUGUGACUUAUGUCUAGUGGUGGGAACUUCCUCCGUGGUUUAUCCUGCCGCCAUGUUUGCCCCCCAGGUGUCUGCCCGCGGAGUGCCAGUGGCCGAAUUCAACAUGGAAACCACCCCAGCCACGAACAGAUUCAGGUUUCACUUCCAGGGGCCUUGCGGUACCACUCUUCCUGAAGCCCUUGCUCCUCACGAAACUGAAAACGUGUCUUAAUUGUCCCGGGGAAAGAAGAAAUUGUGGCACAUCUAAGUACCGGGCCACAAACAGAGGCGAAACAAUCACGGGGAUGGUGAGCUAAAUGUUAGAAAAUCUAGAAAUAACCUCCGAUUCCCUGGCUGGAAUCCCACCUGAUGAUAAGUGAUGGCAGUUCAGAAGGAACAAUCGCAAACGUGGUUAGAGGGAGAAGUCAAUGAACAGUGGAGUUGAUGCGAUGUUAUUUUGUGUGAACUUAAACACAAGAUAUCUCUGAUGUGUUUGGUUGGUUAUCGGAAGGGGAUAUUUUUGUGAUUAGAUUUUCUUUUAAAGAAGCAGUCGUGCUGAUUUUAUUGUUGCUAUCUGGGCAAAGAUAGGAGUAGAGGGGUCAAACCUUGGUAUUUCUAAUUUUUGUCAAGUUUUGGUGGAAAAUAAACUCACUCUCUACGGUAGGUGAUUUAUUGUAUAAAGAUGCUACCCCAAGAGA